UCAUUCUAAUGUGUAUCGUGUAUGGAUUUCAUUUGUGGUGUGUGUGUGGUUAAUUUUUUUUUUUUUUUUGUUUAAUGAAUACUGAAUAAUAAUUAACAUUACUCAGAGUAUAAAAUGCUAACAUAUGUUCAAAAUGCUCACGAUAAAAGACACAUUCGAUUCAGAGUUGUGUACCGACGAACCGUUCGUUAAUCUUUCAGCAGUUGUGCCGUAGUGACAAAAAUGAUUUUAUUACGAAAAGCAGUAUUUAUCGUAAACACUUUUCUGCUGUGCGUUUUGUCAAUUUUCAACAUUUAUUUCAUAAAUGGAGAUAUGACUAUUGUCGAUGUAAAAGAAUUUGAAUAUGGAGGUGAUAUAUUUUUUGAGAUUACACAUCCACCAGAACUACAGUACACAUAUCGCAUAAGACCAGCCAAAAGCUUUGGCACACCAUUUGACAAGGAAAAGUUUCCAGCUAAACAAACAAAAUUGGUACUUGUUGACCCUCAACAUGGUUGCGAAAUGCCUAAAAACGCUAAGCAACUUCAAGGGAAUGUUGCAUUUGUGAAAAGAGGUUUUUGUAGCUUUUUAAAAAAAACUGUGAUAUCAGAAAUGUCUGGAGCAAAAGCUAUUGUCAUCACAGACAACAACAUUUACGACGAUACGGCUUAUAUACAUAUGAUUGAUGAUGAAAGUGAUAUGUCUGCCAAUAUUCCAGCUGGUUUCCUUGUUGGAAAGUCUGGUCAUUUAAUACACACCAAAAUGUCAGAACUCAUGAUAACAGAACUGCCUAUUGUGUUUCCAUUAAACAUGACCUAUGUUCCGUUACAUGAAAUCAAGCAACCACCAUGGAUAACUAUUUGAAUCAUAAACGUUCAAUUCAAAUUUAGACUGAAAAUCCCUCCAUAUUAUUGUAUAAUGUUAAUAUUCAACUGACUAGAUGAAAAUCUCAUGAGUCAGAACUUAUUUAUUCAAAACUGAACCUUAACUAUAAGUAUGCUGUGUAUGUAAAUGUAUAACAUUAUUCGAUUAUUUUAUUACAGGGUUAUAUUAAACAGGGAGCUAUUUACAUCAUAAUUAUUAAUUUUUAAAUAUUUUAUUUGAGAGAACCAUUCAUUUUUUGUAUUUAAUAUUUAUUGGUAUAUUUGAAUCAAUGAUAGUUAAUCGUUUGGUCAACUAAAAUUUUAAUAUGAUAAAAUAAAUAAUUUUCACAAUAAUAUGAUAAAUAUAAUUAAUUAAAUACGUCACAUCAUACAAUUAAUAAUUAGAUUUUAAUAUUAAAUAUUAUGUUUUAUUGUGUUUCAAUAAAUGUAUUACAUUAAUAUAA